AUGGGUUCGUUCAAUCAAUCGAGACGUUUGAAAAAUUUGCAAAAUUUAAAAAGUGGCGCGAUGAAACUUCCCCGUCAUUGGUCUAAGAUGUUGGGACUUGUGAACAUCAGUAAAGCGACUAUUGAGGAAUUAUUUCAGGCUGCUGAAAGCGGAAAUGUCGAUGACUUCAUGCGAUUGUACCUCAGUGAGCCUUCUCGUCUUGCUGUGCGCGAUGGAAGGGGUCGUACAGCUGCACAUCAAGCCUCUGCUCGAAACAACACUAAUAUAUUGCAUUUCAUCAAUAACUACGCUGGAGACCUUAACGCUAAGGAUAACGCCGGGAACACACUGCUCCACGUGGCUGUCGAGAAUGAAGCCCUCGACGCUAUAGAGUAUUUGUUGCAGCAACACGUCGAAACUUCUGUCCUCAACGAGAAGUGUCAAGCUCCAAUACACAUGGCAACUGAACUAAAUAAGGUAUCCGUACUUCAAGUGUUUGCGAAGUACAAGUCCUUGUUCAACGUCAACCAAGGUGGCGAACACGGCAGAACGGCUCUUCAUUUCGCUGCAAUACACGACCACGAUCUCUGCGCCAAAAUAUUGAUAACCGAUCUGGACGCUGAAUGGAAGAAGCCUUGCAACAACGGUUACUAUCCCAUUCACGAGGCGGCAAAAAAUGCUUCAUCAAGGACUAUAGAAGUGUUCCUGCAGUGGGGCGAACAAAGAGGGUGUACUAGGGAGCAAAUGAUUUCCCUUUACGACAACGAAGGCAACGUCCCUUUACACUCAGCCGUUCAUGGAGGUGAUAUCAAGGCCGUAGAGCUGUGUCUUCGAUCCGGAGCAAAAAUAUCCACACAGCAACAUGAUCUGUCAACACCUGUGCACUUAGCUUGCGCUCAAGGAGCACUCGACAUCGUGAAGUUAAUGUUUACUAUGCAACCAAAAGAGAAGCAUGCGUGUCUGACAUCCUGUGACGUACAGAAAAUGACGCCUAUUCAUUGUGCCGCCAUGUUCGACCACCCGGAGAUCGUAAACUAUUUAAUCAACGAAGGCUCUGAUAUCAACCCUCUGGAUAAGGAGCGAAGGUCCCCUUUACUUUUGGCUGCAUCUAGGGCGGGAUGGCGUACGGUUCACACUUUGAUACGCUUGGGUGCUGACAUACAACUAAAGGACAUAAACAGUCGCAACGUGUUGCAUCUGGUCGUCAUGAAUGGUGGUCGCCUAGAGGAUUUCGCUGCGAGCUGCAAGGAUCACUGCGAGAAAAGUCUCUUACAACUGUUGAACGAAAAAGACAACACCGGGUGCUCGCCACUACACUACGCGAGUCGUGAAGGUCACAUCAGGUCUUUGGAGAACUUGAUACGCUUGGGAGCUUGCAUCAAUCUCAAGAACAAUAACAAUGAGAGUCCAUUGCAUUUCGCUGCAAGAUACGGACGCUUUCACACCGCCUGUCAACUCCUCGAUUCUGAUAAAGGCACUUUCAUUAUCAAUGAGAGUGACGGCGAAGGCCUAACUCCUUUACAUAUAGCUUCACGCGAAGGACAUACAAGAGUCGUGCACUUAUUAUUAAACCGCGGGGCCUUGCUUCAUCGAGAUCAUAAUGGAAGAAACCCUUUGCAUCUGGCCGCUAUGAGUGGAUAUACAAAAACCAUUGAACUGUUGCAUUCUGUUCAUUCUCAUUUGUUGGACCAGAUUGAUAAGGAUGGGAAUACUUCUCUUCAUUUGGCCACAAUGGAGAAUAAGCCGUCGUCCAUUGCUUUGCUAUUGUCUAUGGGCUGUCGACUAAGCUAUAAUAAUAUGGAUAUGAGCGCAAUAGAUUACGCUAUAUACUACAAGUUCCCUGAAGCCGCUCUUGCUAUGGUCACUCAUGAGCAAAGAGCCAAAGAAGUUAUGGCCUUACGUUCAGAUCGCCAUCCUUGCGUGACCUUGGCUCUCAUCGCCUACAUGCCGCGAGUCUUUGAAGCUGUACAAGAUAAGUGCAUUACCAAAGCCAACUGCAAGAAGGAUUCAAAAAGCUUCUAUAUCAAGUACAGCUUCGAGGCGCUCUGCCCUCAAUUGAUGGACGAGGACGGAACUAGGAAAUCUCAACAGGCCCAGCAAAUACCUUUACCGGCUCUCAACGCGAUGGUAGCACACGGGCGUGUAGAGCUAUUGGCGCAUCCCUUGAGCCAAAAAUACCUGCAAAUGAAGUGGAAUUCCUAUGGAAAAUACUUUCAUCUCGUGAAUGUGCUGUUCUAUUGUAUUUUCCUGAUCUUCGUCACUGUGUAUUCAUAUCUUCUGAUGGAGCACGUGAAUCCAAUAAAUAAAAGGGAAAGGAGUCGGGUUGGUGAUGUCUAUUACAAUUACACCGCUACAAAUCGAACACAAACAAACUGGGAUAUUGAUGCAGAUUUCGAAGCCAUCUUAAUUAUGUAUACAAGCUCUGUGGUUAUUAUGGUUUAUAUUUCCGUCUGUAUGAUGCGGGAAGCAUAUAAUUUAAAGCAGCAAAAAUGGCAUUACAUAGUGGACCCAUCUAACCUUGUAUCUUGGACAUUGUAUAUUAGUGCCACUAUAACAGUAUUUCCAACUCUCUAUGGACAUUAUAGUAAUUAUCAGUUCUCAGCGGCAUCGAUAACCGUAUUCCUGUCUUGGUUCGAACUGUUAUUGCUGCUCCAACGUUUCGAUCAAGUCGGGAUCUACGUUGUGAUGUUUCUCGAAAUACUCCAGACUCUCAUCAAAGUGUUGAUGGUUUUCUCCAUUCUGAUCAUCGCGUUCGGCCUGGCCUUUUACAUUUUGCUCUCUAAAGUGGGUUCAGUCGAAAUGGGGAAUCACCUUUCUUUCAGCAACAUCCCUAUUGCUUUGAUGAGAACAUUCGCUAUGAUGCUUGGUGAAUUAGAUUUUGUCGGAACUUAUGUGCAGCCCUACUACAAGGAUGACUCUGAUAUAAUUCUGCCUUUCCCGAUACCGACGUUCAUAAUCCUUGCUCUGUUCAUGAUUUUGAUGCCCAUACUUCUAAUGAACUUGCUUAUUGGUUUGGCCGUUGGUGAUAUUGAGAGUGUUAGGAGAAACGCUCAGCUGAAACGGCUGGCUAUGCAGGUCGUCUUACAUACCGAACUUGAAAGAAAACUACCAGCAUUCCUAUUGGAGAAAGUCGACAAACUAGAACUGAUCGAAUACCCAAAUAAUAAGAAAUGUAAACUCGGAUUUUUGGAUUUAAUCUUGCAUAAAUGGUUUUGUAAUCCUUUCACAGAAGAUACUGGCUUGGACUUAGUUUUGGAGAACAACGACGAUUACGUAACGGAACAAAUGGAAAAGCAGAAGCGUAAAUUCCGUGAGAUGCAGAAUGUAUUGGACCAACAAUAUUUACUACUCCGGCUAAUUGUGCAGAAAAUGGAAAUCAAAACCGAAGCCGACGAUGUGGACGAAGGCGUAUCGCCGAAUGACACUAAAGUGGUUCCCCGCUGGAGCUCUCAUAGGAACCGCAAGAAGUUGCAUUCGGCCCGAGCUGCUUCAUUUAACAAGUCGACCUGAUUUGCGCAUCUUUUUAGUUUCAAAUUGAAAUAGAGAUAUUUCUCAUUCAUCACAACACGUAGCUCUGAGAUUUCUAAUUUUUUUUUUAUUGGGUCACACACGAUUUGGCGGCGUGAAAAAUCGCAGUUUAAGCCUUUAUUGCUCUCCAGUCACUCCGCAAUCACGGCCUUAAGCACCCGGUACCGGACACUUUAGAACGUCCUAAAAUCACCUCCCUCAAAUUAGACUUGCGGUACAAACAACAAUAUAAGCUGUAAAAUAUAAGUGUGAUUCCACAAAUGAAUAUACGACGUAGUCUGGCCC